AUGCAUGCCAAGGAUGCUUCCAAGGUGGAUCCGUUGAUGAGAGGUAUAUGUCUAAUUGGUGACAAGUCCUUAGUUGCAUUAUAUGAUACUGAAGCUUCGUAUUCGUUUAUUUCAUUUGCUAAAGUUGAGGAAUUAAGCUUGAAAGUGUUAGAGGUACCUUUUGAUCUGCAUGUACAUACUCCGCAUCAAACAGUUAUGACUAGCUUAGGUUGUAGACAAGUAAGUUUCAAGCUUAAGGGUAGAGACUUUGUGCACAAUUUGAUCUGCUUACCAAUGGUGGGGAUAGAAAUAAUUUUAGGGUUUGAUUGGUUGUCAAAGAAUCCGAUUUUGUUGGAUUGCUUUGAACGGACUAUUCGGUUUAUGCUGGAAGGAGAAAAUGGAGCAGUGGUAGCUACGGGGUAUUACCUGAACUCUGUAAUGGUGCAUUGUAGUAGGGAGGAGUGUCAGGGUUAUAUUUUGUUGGUUGCUAGUGCGUUGGGUGAUGCCCAGAACUUAGAUCGGAUACCGGUGGUUAGAGAUUUUCUAGAAGUGUUUCCGGAAGAUAUCCCUGAGUUCCCACCUCAAAGGAAAAUUGAAUUUGCGAUUGAAUUGGUGCCGGAGCCAGACCAUUGUUGA